AUGCCAACAACUGAAAAAUCAUCGUCUCAUUUGUAAGUUCUACACACAGAAUCGAGAGCCACACUGCUUUUUUCUUUUAUUUUUAGAUUAUAGAUUCAAUAAUUUCAUUGUUAUAUUCAACAAUUUUGUAAAAUGAAUUAUUCCAGACCAAAUCCGGACGAUUCGAUUGAUUUUGAGGGGGCAAAACAUGUUGAAAGAAUUUUGGAGAUCAAUGCUAAAAGAGAAGCAAGAAAACGGAAAAUCGAAGAUGUAUAUGGGGAAUUGAUGUCCAAGGAGCACAAAGAACAUAAAAGAAAAAUGAGAACGUUAAUAAAAAUUUAUUUUUGGUACAUUUCAAGAUUUUUAUAUAAAAUUAGUUUUCAAAAAUAUAAUUUCGUCAAACUCGAAAAUCAUGCGAUUCACAGGAAAUGCUAGAAAAUUUCAGAAAAAUUGUACUUUUAGACCCUGCAAAAAUUUCGACCUACAAGCUGAAAAUGGUUAUACAAAAUAAAUAAAUAAAUAUUUUUUUGGCUCGGUCACGUGACCCAACGAAAUCCAACAAAAAUAAACCAUUUCAAAUUUUAUUAAUUCGAUUGUUAAAAAAGGAGAAAAAAAUAUUUCGAUUUCUAUUUUUUGUGGGUUUCACAGAAAAAAUACAAAAAAAUACUGUAGGUGACCCCCGGUUACUGAAAAUCGAACACCAAGAUAAUUUAGAUUCAGACAUACCUAGUUUGGUAAUCUACAGUAACUAAGAAAAACUGGGAAGCUUGGAAUUUCAAUCACUACUUUCAUUUACUGAAAAUGAUGUGAGAAGAAGAGUUUCUUCUGAAAAAAAGACUGUCCCUGUGGACUAACAACCCUAGUCUAUGAAUUUCAAUAAUUUCACUGUAUUAUUCAAAAAUGUAAAAUGAAUUAUUGCAGGCCUAGUGCAGUUCUUCCAAACGAUUCGAAAAUGAUGAAUCUAUGAAAAUGUAAGUUGUACACAUUUUAGGUUAUAGAAACUUGAGCAGAAUAUGAGAAAUAUAGAGGCACAUUUUGGUGCAUAUUUUUGGCAUAGAAUAACCAUUUUUCGUUUAAAAUCGAUGAGUUGAAUGUAAAAAUUAUGUAGAGAAAUGUUUUGAAAAUUAUUCUCUCAAGUUUCCACAACAAAAAACAAUAGAAACCCCAAAAUGUUGCAUUACAAACAUUUUUCUAGGUGGUCAGUAUUCGUGCCACACAGCGAAGAAGAAAAAGUAGAUCGAAGUUUGAAUGGAAUUGAAUGUGGAAAAUUGAAAGAAAAGGAAUAUAUACAACUGGUUUUUGUGAGUUUUUUUUCUAGAAAAAAGAUCGAAAUAAAAAAGAAAAUAGAAAAAGUGCUUUCUAAAACUGAGAAAUUUUAAAAAUUGCACGAGGACUAGUAUGAAAUCAACUUCCGUUUUUGUUUUUUCAAAGGUAUUUUUGGAAAAGCUCAUGGAGAAUUUUUCUGUUUUUUUAAUCAAAAUUAAAUAAUUUUUUUGCUUCUAUGUUUUUAAAUUAUAAUUUGACAAAUAAUUCUCGAAAUUUCUCGAAAUUGAAAAAAAUUCAACAAAACAAAUUUGUUAAAUUGAUUUCGAAAUUAUUUCUCGGGGGAAAUACGGUGCUGAAAAGGUGCCAUUUUUCCCGAGUAAUCCUCAAUUAAAUUGUUGAGUUCUGUUUCUAGAAAAUUAUCAUGAUCAGGUUUGUGCGUAAAAUAGGUUUUCGGAAAAUUUCAAAAAACUUAGCAGUUUUCUUGGUAACUCGGCGAUUUUAUUGAACACCAACAACUUUCUACGUUUUUUAAAGAUAACAAAUUGUUUUGUAACAAAAUGAGCAAAAAUCCUGAAAUACGCAUAUCUUUUCCCUUUUUGCGAAAUUGUUAGUCUCGGAACAUUUUCGGAAGAAUUAUUUACCGAAAAUAUCCGUCGGAACAAUUUUCCAACCAAGUUUGCGGAAACGUUCGUCUGGAAGAUUUUUCGACUCGUAUUUUCCGAAACUUUUCCAAAGUCAGAAAAUUGAGAAACGUUUUUUUUUCAUUUCCACAUAAGCCUGAUCAGUGAAAAAAUCUGGGAAACGUGUUUCAUUCGCCGAGACGGUAUAGAAUUGUUUGAUGGAGCCAAUCUCGAAAAAUUUCACAUCCUUCUCACAUUCAGAAAAAAUAUUGAUUAUGAAUAUAUUUUGUUACAGCGAAAAAAAACCGAUUACGAAACUUUCACCGCACGUAACCCGGAUUUGUUAUGUUCUGAAGAUUGUAAAAUGGUGUUAAUGAAUGUUAACAAAUUAUGGGGAGAAGUCUCAAUCAAAAAGAAACUCAUCCAAAAAUGGCCAGUUCUAUCCGUGGACAAACGCGCUGGAGAGGAGAAAUGUAUUGUUGAAUUUGAAAAUCCAGAGUUUGUAACCAUUGCUAUGAAAUAUUUCAAUAGUAGAAAUGUCUACCUCUGUGGGUUAGUUUCUCUUUUUUUUUCAUUAUGUUAUGUUAAUUUAGAGACCAUGCGUACCCCAACCGCGCUAUUCCGUUUUUCGAGCAACCAAGACACGUUGAAACAACAGGCGAUGAUAAUUUCGUGUAAGUUUUAAUGUUUAUCUACCUUUCAAUAAAAUCCUGGAAGGCGGUGUGCGAAUUGGAGUGUGCUUUUUUUCACAUUUUUUUGAUGUCGCAAUUUUCAACAAAAAAAAAUUGACGUGAAAAAAACAAAACGCUUUUUUUUGAAAAAAAAAGACUGUCCAUGUGGAGUAACACCCCUAGUCUAUAAAUUUCAUUGUAUCAUUCAAAAAUGUUGUAAAAUGAAUUAUUACAGAGAGAAAAUUAUGGAUGUUUCGGAUCGUGCCUGCUGUGAACAUUUAGAAAAUCUUUUCAAAUUGAAGGACAAAUACGAAAGAAGAAAGCGCACAUUGAUAGAGGAAAUUGAAGAAGAGUAUCAAGAGGAUAUUAGUUUGGAGUUGAAAAAGUUUAAACAUGAAGAACAGGUCCAGAACGACAUAAAGGGUGAGUAAAUUUUUGGUUGAGUUUACGGCUGCUUGAGUGGGGUUGAAACCAAAAUGGAACAUCACUUUUAGUUGAGAAAAUGUGAAAAACACUGGGAAUCAUUAAUCAGCCUUUUUCAAGAUUUACAAACUUGUGAAAAUAUAAUUACAGAAUUCGAGAAAAAGAUGGGCAAUUGGAAGUGUCCGGGAAUGCAGCAACCACCAGAGUAUGCCAAAUCCAAGUGGCCAAGUAAGUUUGAUUUCUCCAAAUUUAAUUUAAAAGUCGAUAUUUUUAGAAGUCAAAAAGGAACUUUUGACCGCCUAUAAAGUUUUCGAAGGAGAAGAAACACCAUCAACACAAUAG